UCACCCGUAGCUCUCCGCAGGCCGCAGCCACCAGUACCCGACCCCCGCUUCCUCCCGCUCGGCCGCUCGCCGCGCCGCCGCGCACAGCCGGCCGCCAAUGGAGCGCCUCCGCCUCGCGGUCUCGCACCGCCCGGCUCUCCCCCUCCCCACCCCUCACAACCACCUCCGCCGCCGCCAUCUUCAGCUCCAGCCCUCCCCCAGCUCCCUAUCCCUCUCCCGCCCCAUCUCCCCCCACCUCUCCCCCACCCCUCGCCGCCACCUCCACCCUCUCCUCGCCUCCGCGUCCGCCGCCCAAGCCGCGACCCCCGAGCCGGCCGCCGCCGCCGCGCCCUCGGCCGGCACGAAGCUGCUCCCCCUCAUCCUCUCCGUCGGAGUCGGCCUCGCCGUCCAGUUCCUGGCGCCGCGGCCCGCGGAGGUGACUCCGCAGGCGUGGCAGCUCCUCUCCAUCUUCCUCUCCACCAUCGCGGGGCUCGUCCUCGGCCCGCUCCCCGUCGGCGCGUGGGCAUUCCUCGGCCUCACCGCCACCGUCGCCACGCGGACGCUCCCCUUCACGGCGGCCUUCGGGGCCUUCACCAACGAGGUUAUCUGGCUCAUCGUCAUCUCCUUCUUCUUCGCGCGCGGGUUCGUCAAGACCGGCCUCGGCGACCGCGUCGCCACCUAUUUCGUCAAGUGGCUGGGUGGGAGCACUCUGGGCCUCUCAUACGGUCUCACCAUCAGCGAAGCAUGCAUCGCGCCGGCCAUGCCCAGCACCACGGCCAGGGCUGGAGGUGUGUUCCUUCCCAUUGUCAAGUCGCUGUCGCUGUCGGCCGGCAGCAAGCCCAAUGACCCAUCAGCCAAGAAGCUGGGCGCAUACCUUGUGCAGUCUCAGCUGCAGGCAUCUGGCAACUCGAGUGCUCUCUUCCUAACCGCUGCUGCCCAAAAUCUCUUGUGCAUGAAGUUAGCGGAGGAGGCUGGUGUCAAGAUUGUAAGCCCAUGGAUAACAUGGUUCAAGGUUGCUAGUUUGCCUGCCAUCAUUUCCCUCCUAGCAACACCUUAUUUGCUAUACAAAAUAUUCCCUCCUGAAAUAAAGGACACUCCUGAAGCCCCUGCAUUAGCUGCUAAAAAACUGGAGAAAAUGGGCCCAGUGACAAAAAAUGAAUGGGUAAUGGUUGCUACAAUGCUUCUUGCAGUCUCACUUUGGAUUUUCGGGGAUGUUAUUGGUGUGUCCAGUGUUGUUGCUGCAAUGAUUGGGCUCUCUAUUCUACUUCUGCUUGGGGUGCUGAACUGGGAUGAUUGUUUGAAUGAAAAGUCUGCAUGGGACACCUUAGCUUGGUUUGCUAUUCUAGUUGGAAUGGCGGGGCAGCUCACUAACGUUGGGAUUGUCUCGUGGAUGUCAAAUUGUGUUGCAAAGGUUCUCCAGUCUUUCUCAUUGAGUUGGCCUGCAGCAUUUGGUGUUCUUCAGGCCUCCUAUUUCUUUAUUCACUAUCUAUUUGCAAGCCAAACUGCACAUGUUGGAGCUCUAUACGCGGCAUUCCUUGCCAUGCACCUAGCAGCUGGUGUUCCUGCUAUACUCUCAGCACUUGCUUUGACGUACAAUUCAAAUCUCUUUGGUGCACUAACACAUUAUAGUAGUGGACAGUCUGCAUUAUACUAUGGAGCGGGGUAUGUUGACCUUCCUGAUGUAUUCAAGCUGGGGAUUACAGCAGCGGCCAUUAACGCUUUUAUUUGGGGAGUAGUUGGUACUUUUUGGUGGAAAUUCCUGGGUCUUUACUGAGGGUGCCUCCUGCAGUGUAUGUUGACGAAAAUUGUUCUUUAGUGCGCAAGUAAACCGGCUCAUCUUUCUUAAGAGGUGUUUGGUGGGUUGUAUAAUAAAAGAGCACUGUUCAUCACUCGAAUUUGUGAACAUGCUAUUUGUAAAAUAUUAUUUCCUUCACUCCAAAUUAUAAGACUUUUUGAUAGGCUAAAA